UCCGGCCUGUGCGUACCACACACCGGAAGUGCGUUUUCAAUGCCCGUCGCAACAUCAGUGUCCGUGUAGAUCGGGUAUAGGCGUCGAGCAGCCCACCCACCGUCUGUAGGGCUGCAGUCAUCGACUGGUCUUAAAUGAUUUUAUUGACUGAUCACAAAUUUAACUCUAGAGGAAGAAGAGAGGCAGCCAUGUUUUAAUUGUCUCAUAGACUAAUUCCUAACACGUGACACUGCAGAAAGGGCGGGGCCACAGGGAGAUCACCCAGGAGCCAUUUCAAAGGUGUCAAGACAUCUGGGCAGUGAGGAGUCCGAUCCUUGUUAUAUGAGGGUGAGCUGUGUCGUACCUGAGACACGGAGGAUGGACAAGGACAGGAGACACACAACUGAGAGGAUACUAAAUCUCACCCUGGAGAUCAUCUACCUUCUGACUGGGGAGGGUUACACUGUAGUGAAGAAGACAUCUGGAAAGCAUAAGACACCCUGCAGUCAUCCCCGUGAGUCAGGAGGACUAAGCACUGCCCAGAGCCCCAUGAUGGUGCCUCCACCUCACUCACUGAUACAUGAGAGGCACAAUGACCAGAAGAUCCUGGAACUCACCAAAAAGAUCAUUCAGCUGCUGACUGGAGAGGAGUGGGAGUAUGCAAAGGAGCACAGGGGUCUUCUGUACAAGGACGUGAUGAUGGAGAAUCACCGGCCCCUCACAUCACUGGAUGGGGCCAGUAACAGGAAUACCCCAGAGAGAUGUCCCCGUCCUCUUUAUUCCCAGGACCGUACAGAGGAGAAUCACAGUGUCCAGCAGGAGGGUCAGGGCGAAGAUCUGACUAAUAUUAAGGCAGAAAGUCUAGGAGAAGAAGAGACUUAUGUGACUGAUAUUAAGGCAGAAUGUACAGAUGGAGAAGAAGAGACUUAUGGAACUGAUAUUAAGAUAGAAAAUAUAAAGGAGGAAGAAGAGACGUAUGUGAUGGGUGAUCAGCAGUGUAAGGAGGAGGAAAUCCCUACAGAUAUCAGCACAGCAGAGGGACACAGCAGCAGGUUUACCUCAGAGGAAUAUCAGCAUUUAUCUCCAGAUGGUGAUAUAGAAGAUAAGAACAUCACACAAGAUUCUCCAGAAGAAAAGCUCAUUACCCCAAUUAUACAUCCAGUGACACACACUGCAGAUACAGCAUCUAAUCCCUCUAACCAUGGGGAGUGUUCCCCUGAUAAUUCAGACAUUGUUACAGUUCAUAUAGUGGAUAAAAUACUUCCCUGGUCCAUAGAUGCCAAAUGUUUUCCACAAAACACCAAGCCUAUUACUAAACGGUCAGAUAUGAUGGGUGAGAGGCCAUUUCCAUGCGCCGAGUGUGGGAAAUGUUUUACAUACAAAUCAGCUCUUUCUACACAUGAGAACACUCACACAGGUGAAAAGUCAUUUCCAUGUUCUGAGUGUGGGAAAUGUUUUACACGGAAAACAUAUCUUGUUAAACAUGAGAGAAGUCACACAGGUGAGAAGCCAUUUUCAUGUUCUGAGUGUGGGAAAAGUUAUAUACACAAAUCAAAUCUUGUUGCACAUGAGAGACGUCACACAGGUGAGAAUCCUUUUCCAUGUUCUGAGUGUGGGAAAUGUUUUACAGAUAAAUCACAUCUUGUUAGACAUCAGAGAACUCACACUGAUGAGAAACCAUUUCCAUGUUCUGCGUGUGGGAAAUGUUUUACAGAUAAAUCAUCUCUUGUUACACAUAAGAGAACUCACUCAGGUGAGAAACCAUUUCAAUGUUUGGAGUGUGGGAAAUGUUUUGCACAUAAAUCAAAUCUUGUUGCACAUCAGAGAACUCACACAGGUGAGAAACCAUUUCCAUGUUCUGAGUGUGGAAAAUGUUUUACACAUAAGUCACAUCUUGAUACACAUCUGAGAAAUCACACAGGUGAGAAACCGUUUCCAUGCUCUGAGUGUGGAAAGUGUUUUAAAUAUAAAUCGUAUCUUGUUACGCAUCUGAGAAAUCACAGGUGAGAAACUUUACAUGUUCUGAGUGGGAAAUGUUUACAUAUAAAUCAUAUCUUGUUAAACAUCAUUGUAAUUACAUAGGUAUUAGUCGUUUCUAUGUACUGAGUGUGGAAAAUGUUUUACAUCUUGUUAAACAUCAGAGAAGUCAUACAGGUAAGAGGCCAUUUCCAUGUUCUGAAUGUGGGAAAUGGUUUUCAUUUGAAGACCGCCUAAUUCACCAUAAGAAACCUCACACAGGUGUAAAGCCAUUUCCAUGUUCUAACGGGGAAAUGUUUCACACACAAAUCACAUCCUGUUAUGCAUCAGAGAACCAUGUUCAUGUUCUGAGGAUAGGAAAUGUUUUGCAUAAAAAUCAGAUCUUGUUAAAUAUCAGAGAAAUCACACAGCUGAGAAACCAAUAUGAAAACAAAUGAACACGAUAAAUAACAGAAAAAGUCUUUAGCUUUCAUGCAGAAGAAUUAUCUUGCUGGAAAAUGUGUAUUUUAGGAAGAGACAUCUACUCUUACUGGCUACUUACCUGAUUUCUGGUUUUAUGUGAGUUCCAGGUAUUCAGAUCUAGACCCUUUGUGGCCCAAGACCCGGCCCACAUGGCCAAGAAGGUGCCUUUUGGGACUAAAGACAUUAAUCCCUUGUGCUGCAGUGCCAUUUUCAGAUUAAAUAUAUUACAUUUACUGUAAAUGUAUACUGUUAUUUUACAAUAUGUGCACAGUUGUGAAAUUGGUGAAACCAAUGUUUGAAUAUUUGGACUAUGCACUUCUAUUAUUCAGAAUUGUUUUGUAGAAGCUUUUGACAUUUGGAAACAAAUUGUUCAUGGGACAUUCUCAAGUGAUAUGGUAAUAGUCCUGGCACCAGCCAGGGGGUAUGGUGGUGACUGAACAAGGCUUUUCUUUGAAAUACAAACUAAGGGGUCUCCCUUGUGUCUCUAUGUAAAAUGUCCAGCAGGUUUGGGGAAAAACAAUGUUUGUUUUUAAGAAUUUCCUGUACAAUUGUGACUGUAUAUACUAAGUCUGUUAUAAAAAUAAAGCCUGUGAACCCUGAA